CGAAUAUAUACGUAUACACAUACAUACAUAUACCCUUCAUUUCUUCUUCAAAAGCUUUCUCUCUGUUUUUCGUUUGUAUUGCGAGAGAGAAAGGGAGAGAGAUUGCUAGAGUGAGGGAGAGACAAAAGGAACCCUUGAACUCUAAUAGGUCCAUUUCAAAGCUCUUGUUACCAUGAGUCUGUUCGGACUUGGAAACAGAAACCAAAAGACAUUUCGGCCUAAAAAAAGUGCUCCAUCAGGAAGUAAGGGGGCGCAACUCCAAAGGCACAUUGAUGCUACCUUGGGUAGUGGCAACUUGAGAGAAGCUGUGCGACUACCCCCUGGGGAAGAUCUUAAUGAGUGGCUGGCUGUGAAUAGUAAGAAUUUCAAUCUUAUAACUUUCCAACUAUAA